AUGUCAAACAUGAAAAUAUUACAGAAUAUCAAUGUGAGAAACCAUUAUGUAAUACAAAGUUGUUUGGUAAUAUCUUUAGUUACUGUAACAAUUUGGAUAACAAAAAUUCUAAGAAAAAAAAUAAGUCACAAUGCUCAACAGUGUGUCAACGAUAAAAUAAGUUCAAUUCCAUUGGUUAUUAUAACAGGCUGUGACACAGGUCUUGGAUAUUCAAUUGUUAUGAGAUAUUUAAAAGGCCAACAUUUGAAUAAAAAUCAAAAUAACAGUAAAAUAUAUAAUAUGCUAUUUUCCAAUAACAAAGCACUAUUAAUCCCAAAUAAGAUAGCAAUAAUUGCAUUUUGUUUGAAUCCUAAUAGCCCAGGUGCUAAACGCUUAGUUCAACUUUCACUUGAAAAUAGUAAUAUUCAAUUGUUCGUUAGACAAUUAAAUUUAACUGAUAAUGAUUCUAUUAAAACUGGUGUCACUUUUGUUACUGAUCUACUUCAACAGAAUGUUGAUAUAAUUGACGAACACAAUGAAACAGUUGUUUUAAAAUAUGAACUACAUGCAUUGGUUAACAACGCAGCGCGAAUGGUGAUGGCGGAAUAUGAAUGGCAAACUUCAAAAAUGAUACAAGAGCAAUUUGAAGUUAAUAUUUUAGGUCCAAUUAAGUUAACUGCUAUGUUAUUGCCUGCAUUUCGCAAAGAUAAAAGUCGUGUGAUAAAUGUAAUUAGUCAUUGUUCAUAUCUCCCACUUCCCGGAGUAUCUAUUUAUGGUGCUACAAAAGCAGCCGUGCGUGCAUGGACACUUGGAACAAGAGUUGAACUUAAUAUUCAUGGCAUAAAAAUGAUCACAUUUUCACCAGGAUCGUUUUAUCUUCAUUCCUCCAUUAUGAAUGGUGAACAAAGAAUGAUUGAUUAUAAAGAAAUGUGCAAUAAUAUGAAUAAGGAGCAAUUAGCUUAUUAUGGUGCUUUUAUGUAUGCCUAUCAAAAUUACUUGGGUAAUAUUGAUGUAUAUAUUAGUCCUCCAGAAACAACCAUUCCAAGCACUAAUAAAAUAUACUGUCAAAUGGAUAAUGCACUAUGGGCAGUCCAACCCAAAGCUGAGUAUAAUGUACCUGAACCUUGGAGAUAUAGAACCUAUUUUGCUGUAGCUUGGACUCUAUCAUCAUUAGGCUUACAUUAUUUUAGAGAUAAGGUUGUACGUCAAUUUGUGGCUACGCCACAGUUUCAUAAUAAUAUUGCAAGUCAAGUUGAAAAUGUCUAA